AUGGAGGGAAUGAAGCGAAUAAAUCAAAUUUGCGAUGAGUUCGCCGCUCGGUUACAAAAGCUCCGCGUACGAAAUCACGAAGAACAACCAUUUUAUCCCAAUGGGACUGCCAAGGAAGUUUUUCGGAUGGACGAGGAGCAACUCCAUGAGCUAUUUCAACUGAUAUCCCCCGGCGGCACGUCAAAAGACGGCAUCAUAUCAGCUAUAGUGCGUCACGUUGUACGGAAUCUGAGUACCCUAUUUGCAGUUGUCGUUCGAAUCAGGCGUGCAGACGAUGUUAACCUGUUACGGCAAUUCACCGACUUGAUCGUUCACGAUGAUGCUCUCCUACAGCCCCCACGCCUAACGGACGAUGAACUUCCGAUUCCGCUUGACAAAGCCCGGCUAUUCUUUCCUACAUUCGCAAACGAAUUUUUCGACACCCAAUUUCAGUUCUGCGCUAUAACCCUGCAACGGAAAGAAGAUGUAACAUAUCAGGAUUAUCGAUCUCAAUGCCCGCUUCCCUACAAAAGGCAACAAAGAAUAGGAGGUGGUGCUUUUGGUGAAGUUUAUAAAGUGAAGAUCGAACGGCACCAUGUCAGGUCUACCGGGGAUCGGAGUGGGAACCUUGAACCAGAAUGGCUGGCACGCAAAGACUUCAAGAGGCAACAGUCAUUCACGGUUGAGCUUGAUGUAUAUAAGGCGAUCAUGAAACAGCCAAGGAAACACGAUCAUUUGGUGAUGGUCGUGGCGAUUCUACAAUACCGUGAUACUAGCAGCCUAUUUUUCCCAUUGGCCACUGGCGAUCUUGAUCAGUACCUCAACGGCAAACUUCACGGAGAUGAACGCCCCCUCGACACCCUACAAAAAAAAAGCAUGCUUUUCGAAAGGGGGGUUGCAUUGGCUGGUGCGCUUGCUUUUCUUCACGAUGGGUUCGACGGGGUAGCUUGCCUUCACCUUGACCUGAAGCCUAGCAAUGUCCUGGUCUAUGAUGCGUAUGCGCCUGAUGAAACCUGGAAGAUAACUGACUUUGGUCUCACGCGUAUGAGAAAUCGCGAGUAUUCCAGCGCUGCCCCAGGCUUUGAAGGGAUAUACUUGCCCCCGGAGUGUGGCACACCUGAUGGCAGGGUAACACCUCGAAGCGAUGUUUGGUCUCUGGGUUGCAUCUUCUCGCUGGUCAUAACCUAUAUGCUUUGCGGGCCAAGCGGGGUGAAAGAAUUCACAGAAAAGCGUGGUGAGCGGCCAGAGGGAGACCUGUUUUUUAUCACGACCAAGAACUCAACCCCCCGAAUUUCGCCCGCUGUUACCUCCUGGUUUGACCACCUGAAGCAGAGCAGUGCUCGAGAUGAAACGCUGUCACGGGUGAUUCGAGAGUCGCUCGAUUAUCUCCAGAGCAAAGUCUUGCACCCUAUUUGUGGCCAACGAGCCACUGCAAGGGAAGUGGAACUUGGACUGAAAGCAAUCCAUCAGCGCUUUGAAAAGCGAGCGCCCCCACCUUCACCACAACCUGCGCAAGGCCAGCCGGAGCAAGCUUCCGUCAUAGAUCGGCUCAUCGCCCGCAUGAAACACCGGACAUCCGAGUCCUCUGUUUUUCGGCUGCGAAGCUUUGGGUAUAACCUCAACCCUAAUGGAUUUGGAUUUCGGUUCUCCCCUCUGGACGGGGAUUAUUUAGCUUUCUUUUCUUCGCAGAAUACAUUAUUCUGGACCGUGUCAGAGAUCAUGUCUGCUCUGCGCGAUGGGUCACAGAUUCCACCCCCUCAAGCUCUUCGAAUCCCGGAUGGCGCAACCAAGUCAUUUGCAGUGAGCUCCAACACAAUCUGCAACUGUCUCGAUGCGGAAUCCUUCAAGUGUCACGUAUAUAAUGUCGCAGGCACAUCUUCUUCUGUCCGGGUUGAUGAUGGUGUUAGAGUUUCCUAUGACCAUAUGGGCUAUAUCAAAAGAGUCACCAUGUCCUCCGAUGGAUCUCUCGCGGCGUUUGUCACUACGGAUAGACCGAAAGGCUCUGAGAUGGACUGUAGGAUAUAUCUUGCCUACACCGAGCAUUUGAUGGGGACGGCGAAUGAGGGUAGCAGCUCCUCGUUACGGCGCGAUAGCCGUUCAAACUCCGUUUCGGAAAGCUCGUUAAUGUCGGUGACUACGGCCGCCAACCUAAUUGUCGAGAAAAUAGUGGUCGGUUCGGCAGCGCAAAUCCGGUUCCUAGACUUUACGCCAAAUGGAAAGUUCCUUGUUGUCGUAAUUCAAGAUGGCUCGCGUGGCUUUUCUAUAAGGCUGUGGGAGACCUAUAGUGGAAAAUGCUGGAGGGACUUCUCGGUGGCAAUCGAAUCAGAGACUUUUCGUUCCCUCUUUACAACAUGUUGCUUAUUUAUGUCCAAGGCGGGCGAUCCUUGCUUGGUCGUAGUCUCGGAUCACCGGCGUAUCCUCCACGUCAAUCUUUUUACGCGGUCAACCAACACCCGGAAACUAAACAUCGGCAUUGAUAGUGUGUUCGUAUGUGAUGAUGGGAGCACUCUUGUUCUUAUCGGCAAGAACCACGGAUUGCGAGCCUACCUAUUGCCUCUUCACUCGCUUGAAAAAUCCGAUUUUAUCGGAAGCGCAAAGAUAAAUCGAUUAUCAUAUGCGCCCGCGCUAGACGAUGCCACAGUACAGUGUGAUGCAAAUAAACAGCUGAAGAUGCUGAUUGCUUCCUCUUCUGGAUCCUUUCUUGAAAUGGGCAUCGAUCAUUGA